AUGGAAUACUAUGAGCGUUUGUAUUGGGUGAUAGCGAAAGAGUUUGCCAGCCGGAGAGUAGCCGUCGGCGGCGGCGAGAUGAGCGCUUCGAGAUUUAUAAAGUGCGUCACCGUCGGCGAUGGUGCUGUGGGUAAAACUUGUUUGCUAAUUUCCUACACUAGCAACACCUUCCCCACUGAUUAUGUCCCAACUGUGUUUGACAAUUUCAGUGCCAAUGUUGUGGUAGAUGGUAGUACUGUAAACCUAGGAUUGUGGGACACUGCUGCCAAGAAUGCUACCAACAACUCACUUUUCAUCGAGCAGGAAGAUUACAACAGACUGAGACCAUUAAGCUAUCGUGGGGCUGAUGUUUUUAUACUAGCAUUCUCUCUGAUUAGCAAGGCCAGCUAUGAGAAUGUCUCCAAGAAGUGGAUCCCUGAGCUAAGGCAUUAUGCUCCUGGAGUUCCGAUUAUUCUUGUGGGAACAAAGCUUGAUCUUCGGGAGGAUAAACAGUUCUUCUCAGAUCAUCCUGGAGCUGUACCCAUCACGACUGGCCAGAAUGUGAAGGCUGUCUUUGAUGCGGCAAUAAAGGUUGUUCUGCAGCCUACGAAGCAAAAGAAGAGAAAGAAGAAAAAGGAUCAAAAAGGUUGCAAUAUAUUGUAA